AUGGCGGACCCUGUUUCUUCCCACUGCCAGGAGCUGGCCUCCUUCGGGUACUUCAACUUUGUUCUUUCAAUUCUCAUUCUCAUUGGCAUCCUCAUCUCGUACCUCCCUCAGCAUGCACGUAUCAUAUCCCUGCGGAGCUCCUUCGGGAUAUCUCCGUACUUUAUUCUUCUAGGCACGACGUCGGGAACAUCUGCCUUUGCCAAUAUAUUGGUUCUGCCACAAAGUGCACGGGACGUAGGAUGCUGCCGGGAGAUCAACGGGCUGGCCUGCUUUGCAGGGAUGCUGGGCAUCUAUCAGGUUUCGGUCCAGUGGCUCUGUUUCUUCAUCAUCCUUCUUCUCUUCGUCAUAUACUUCCCCCGGGCGACCUCGUCGACGUCCCCCGUUGAGCCUGAAUCUGCCGAAGACGGACCGAGUUACCAAACCGCUCUGAUCGUGACCGCGCUGUGCAUCCUCCACGCGGCCAUCAUCUUCAUCAUAUCCGUUACCCUAGCAGUUCGGCAUCCGUCCUCGCUGCAGAACUGGGCCAACUUCCUUGGCGUCAUGGCUGCCGUCCUCUCCUCAAUCCAAUACUUCCCGCAGAUCUACACCACCUUCCGACUCCGGUGCGUGGGCAGCCUGAGCAUCCCGAUGAUGUGCAUCCAGACCCCCGGUAGUAUUGUCUGGGCAGGGAGUCUUGCCGCCCGUCUCGGCACAGAGGGCUGGAGCGCGUGGGGGGUAUACCUCGUCACUGCGUGUCUGCAGGGCACGUUGCUCGGCAUGGCCGUGUAUUUCGAAUACAUCAGCCCCACGAAGAAGGAGGAAGGACAUGAACGCAGCCGUGACCUUAAUCCGUCGGAAGAGACUCCUUUGCUCGGUAACUAG